UAUUACUUACCUACUCUAUGUUUGAUUGUUUGUAACUUUUGUUUGUAAGUUGUAACUUGUAACUUGGAUCACCGAUCAUGAAUUAUUGUGGUUUAGCUAUCGCAGAUUUUAUUUUAUGGAUAUCAAUGGUAUAAACAAUGGUAAAUUCAUAGUAUUUUAAAUAACUUUUAAUCGUCCCUAAAGUCCUGAACUUUUGCAAUUGAUUGAAGAUUGUGAUGUUUAGUUCAUUUGAUGUUUGCCUAGCGCUGGAUUGUGUAAAAAAAAUAUGCGAAAAUAAUCGUUGUAUUGUUUGUGACAAAGAAUCAGAAGAGUUUUUACGGUACUCAUGUGGGCACACUGUUUGUGUGUCCUGUGCCUCAGGGACAGACAGUUGUUAUAGCUGCCUCACCUCAGCAGAUGAAUCUACCUCAAAUUAUAAAUUAGAUGAAGUUUCAGGACAAAGAGCAGUCAAUGCUUCAGUAUUGUUAAAAGAGUUUGAAAAGGCCUUCAAUGUCAAUGUUUUUAACCAUCAAAGGAUGUCAGCGCAGCUAAAAUUGGAAAAAGAUAUAUUUCCGGAAUGUAUUCAGGCUCCACGAAAGUAUUUUAAUAAAAGAAAGAGCCUUAAUCUUAACGUUAAAAAGAAAAAAAAUAGAAUUUCUUUGUUGCCUGGUGAAAUUGUUUCAGAAGACAGCUAUAAAAUGGAAAAUUCCAUAACUUCAGUACAAAAGUGGCUUAAUAGAAAUAAGGAAAAUGUUUUUGAAAUCCAAAAUGUUAAUAAAGAUGAACAUGAUGAAAGUGGCAUUGUUAUUGAUGCAUCUUACAUGGAUUGUUCCCAAAUUACUGUAGAUAAAGAUAAACAGGCUUUGUUGGCUGUGUAUGAGGCUGAUAAAAAGGAACGAACAUCUGUCUCAGUGCUUACCGUUGACAGUGAAGAAUGGGAAGAUAAUAAUGCCACAGAAGAGCACCCAAAGAUACUCAAAGAUGAAUAUAAGGUACCUUUCUUUAAAAAAAGCAAACUUGCAGAAACCUAUGUGGUGUGUGACAAUGAUACUAACAUAGUUAAUAGAAGUUCAAAUAAUUGUGGUCAGAAUAGUAGUAUACAGAUCACUAUUUCUUUUGAUAAUCAACAUAUAAAGCCUUGUGAAUUUCUCCAAAAGGAGUCAUUACAUGCACAUUCCAGUUCUGUUCAAACAGAUAUUUGUGAAUUUAUUAAUAUGAAAGACAAUUUAGAAGAUCCAUCAGAAAAUAGCUCUCUGUAUUCAAAACAGAAUGUACCAAGCCAAGAUGUAUUUACACCAGAGGAAUUACACAAAGUUUCAAAAGAUGACAUAUCAAAUAUUGGUUUUAAAGCAGCUAUGAAAUCUGUGAUUAUUAACGAAUCCGAUAGUGAUGGCUCUGUGGCUGAAGCAGCAAUACUAGAAGUUUCAGCACAAGUUCAUAACGUUGAAAACCCAGUAUUCUCUGAUAUUACCUUCAUUGACAGCCAUGAGCAGUUUAGAAGGCAACAGAGGCGUAGACCACGCCAUCUUACACCAGACAGUUCUAAUUCAUCUGAAAAAGAGAAUUUAAAUCCUAAUAAGAGGCAAAAAAAAUCAAAACCUGUAAAAAAGUCAAAGAAAUAAUCUGUUAUUUUUUAUGUUUAUUGAAAUAUUUAUGUUAAGUGUAUGUUUUUAUUUAUUGUUGUACAUUCCGAAAUAUUAAGUGUUAAGUUUAAGACACAUAUACCCAUCAAGAUUUUUUUUAUGUUAUACAUAAAAUUAUGUAUUUGCAAAACACAGAUCAUCAUAAUAAUAAAAGGUGGGCGAAAUUGUUGUCAUCAAUAUUGUAGGUGUUCUCCUAUUGCAUUUCUACUUACGUUUAGGAGAUUUUUAUUAUGACGAAUUAUACCGGACUGUUUAAUAUUUUGAAAAAUA